UACCACGUGAUGCGAGAGAUGUUAGAGAGCAGCCAUCAUCAUUUCACCUAAUUCAUGUCCAGCCUGAAAUGGUAAAACCUUAGACGACAAGGAAACAGAACACUGCGAUGGAGUAAGUGAAGACUCUGAAGCCUUACCCGGUGUCAUCCACUCUGCUGUCUCACUGCCUCUCAAAGGUAGGCUUCAAACUACACCUGGUCUGACCUUGGCUGUGUGCAUCUAGUGGCAGAGGGGCACAAACUUGUUCCUUGGGUUCUAGGAGCACAGUGGAGGUGAAGGUCUGAGGCUGAUUACUCCCCCCAAUAGUCUUUGAGGAGGGGGGGAGGAGGAGGAGGUGGAGGAGGAGGAGGAGGAAGAAGAAGGAGCUGCUAUAAAGACCCCGAGCAUGGGGCAAAAAGUCCCAGGUGGCAUCAAAACCAUUGAUAUGCGGGAUCCGGCGUUCAGCCCCCUGAAGCUGGAGCUACAGGCCCUGAGUCACACUAAGCCGUCUCGACUGGAUCUGCUGCUGGACAUGCCACCUGCCAGCCUGGAUGUCCAGGUCCAGCACUCGUGGAACAACGAUGACCGCUCCCUCAACAUCUUCGUUAAGGACGACAACAAGCUGGUGUUUCACAGGCACCCUGUGGCGCAGAGCACGGACGCCAUCCGGGGCCGUGUUGGCUACACAAGGGGAUUGCAUGUGUGGGAGAUCAGCUGGGCCAUGCGUCAAAGGGGCACGCACGCUGUGGUUGGAGUGGCUACAAGUGACGCCCCACUACACUCAGUGGGCUACACGGCUUUGGUAGGAAGCAACGCUGAGUCCUGGGGCUGGGACCUGUGCAGGAGUAAACUCUACCACGAUGGCAAGAACCACCCAGGAAAAACCUACCCAGCCUUCCUCGAGCCAGAUGACACCUUCAUAAUACCAGACUCCCUCUUAGUAGUCUUGGACAUGGACGAAGGGACUCUGGGUUACAUAGUGGAUGGACAUUAUCUAGGGGUGGCAUUUAGAGGACUUAAGGGCAGGAAGCUGUACCCGGUGGUGAGCGCCGUGUGGGGACACUGUGAAAUACGAAUCCGGUACAUAAAUGGUCUCGAUCCUGAACCCCUCUCUCUGAUGGACCUGUGUAGGCGUUCGGUGAGGGUGGCAUUAGGAAGAGACCGUCUGAGUGAAAUCCAUAGAUUGCCCCUGCCGGCCUCUCUCAAGAACUACCUGCUCUACCAAUGACGGCGCUGACAGUCACCACACACACAGCGCACCUUCGUCUCUCUCUCUCAUGUUUCUCUGGGAUCCGUCUUGGGUUGAACCCGUUUGACAGCAUUGCUCAAACCUCCAGGACUGACUAAGCCUCAUGAAUGAUUUAACAAGUAUGCUUCUGUGUCAGUGGCUGGACUCGUUUUUGAGUUUUCUUAUCCUGUUUUUAUGACUCUUUGCAAAUGUAUUCUCUAACUUUAUAAAAUCAGGAAUCACUGAGCACUAUGCACAUGCUGAUCCAGACGAUGCCAUGACAGUCACCAUAUUGGUGUACCUCCUCCAGUGUGUAAGUUGAUGUGGCAUAUGUAGUCAGUACCUCUGCUGUGACCUCCAAACUUAAUGAUUAUUUCUAUGUCGUAGACUUUAAAAUUUAAAUGCUGUUGUGCUAAAAACAAAAUUGUGUGGUGGAAAUUGGAAUUUGGUGCAGAGGUGUGCUGUCAGUAUCUGACCACAAGGUGGCACCACAUACACGUCAACUUGUACAUCCUCUCAAAUUGAGAAACGCAACAUGAAAUCCUAAUUGCUUUUAGAAAAACUUGGUUUUUAAAUGGACAACAAAUAAAAAUUGCUGUUCAAACAACACAGAAAGGAAAAGCUGACCAUUCCGUUGUGAGUUAGUCGGGCAAUGUGGAUGAAUGCACUGUGAAGCAGCUGAAGAGCAGCUCCGACCACUCACUGCACUGCAUCAGCUUUCUGCUGCGAUAUGGAUGUGCCCCAUUGCGUAACAUCAGGCAUCUGACAGGAACAUCAUCAGCAGAAGUUUUAACAGGAGGAUAAUGUCACUGUGAUUACUUGUAGCAUGCAUCUGCAGGAAUUUUUCCUCAAUACAAUCAGUGUCUUUUUUUUUUUUUAAUCUUUUCUCACUCCUGCUUUUUGUAGUUCACUAGUUUUCAACCACAUGUUGAUGAGGCCCAAGAGUGCCGUUUUUAUUAAUUCAACCGCUCUCAUCGGCUGAAUUCACUGGUUUGCACAUUUUAAACCAGGGGAUGGGAAUCAGCCAGCAAAACAGCUUCGGUAGUGUAACGGUUGUAGUAAAAACCUGUUACUCUUGGGUGUCACUGCCACCUAGCUGAGAACCAUUGAUGUAGUGUUUGUGUUUUAUGAGAUGCAAGGGUGUUUGGGGAGGGGAGGGGAGGGGGGUGGGGUGGAAACAGACUAUGUAGGUGAAUGGCAUUGUGCCUGCAUCAGCAAACUUCAGAUUUAAGGCAAUGUAAUGACAGAAAAAGACAAUCCACCAAGUGCUGCACAAAUGUAAUAAAAGAAGGUCAGACUGCCAACAUAUUGUCAAAUGCCAUAUCAUAGACCUGUUGACUCUAGUAUUUUUUUUUUAAUGUGCAGAUGUGGUUUGCAUUCAGCACACAGCUGGAUGUGGACACGCUGUGCCACACCUUACUUUUCCUUGCUUGCAGCAUCCAUUUUAUUUGUAUUCUUUGUUGUAGAUUUGUUUGUAAGUAUCUAUUAAAGAUUAUU